AUGAAUAAGCAAAUGUGUGAAAAGUUCCAGGAGGUAAGGAGCUCGCUUCCCGAUCAAUUGAACAGUAGUGGAUAUUAUCAAUUUAAAGAUGAAGAUUUUUUAAAUAAGUAUUGUGAUAGUAAUCAAUGUCAAAGUGAUUACGAUAGAAUAAGUGCUGGAUGUUUAUAUUUGUUGGAUCAAUUAUAUAGCGAUUCUGGUGUGUUACCCUCUCCAAAAGAUAGUAACCCCUAUAUUGUUGAUUACAUUUUGAUAUGGUUAAGUUAUAUGUUAAACCUGCCCAAUAGUAAAGAAGAAGACAAUAUAAAGGUUUUUUAUAGUUCACACAUAAAUAGCUGUGACAAGUAUAAGACAGAAAUAAGCGAAUUAAAGUAUCGUGAUAAUGAUUAUGAUAAUUAUAAGGGUCUUAUAGAUAAAAGAAAGGAAUUUUUGUAUAUGGAUAAUAAUAUUGUACCUAAAUUUUAUGAAGCAUUUAAAUCAUUAUGUAACUUGUAUAAUGAACUUGAUUAUGAAACAAAAAAUUGCGAGAAUUAUUUGGAAGGUGAUAAUGAAUUUGAUAAAAAAUAUAAAGAACUUAAAGAUUAUGAUAUUACUAAUAGCAGUCCAUAUAAAGAAAUGUUGUCCACUUUAUCAACUGAUUAUGAUGAUUUUAAAAAGGAAUGUAAAGAUAUUUCAUCCUCUACAUCGAAAGAAUCAGAACAAAGUCCUGGACGAAUUCAUGGACAAACUCCUGUAGAUAGUUCUGGAGAAGAUGCAGAUAAUUUAGUAAAAUUGUUUGCACAAGAUUCUGAAUCGAGUUUUGGACAAAUUUCUGAAGUUACAUCAUCAAGUUCAUCGAUAGUAAGCAAAUUAAUUCCAGUUUUAUUGAUAUUUGGUGCAAUACCAAUUUUUUUGGGAAUUUCUUAUAAGUAUUCAUUAUUUGGAUUUCGGAAAAGAGUUCAAAAACAUUUAAGAAAAAAGUUAAAAAAAUAA